CACAUGUCUGAAAGAAACCCUAAAUAAACCCUAACCAGUUAACAGCAACGAUUCAGAGUGGUUAGGUUGAAGAAUCCUUUUCGCAUGCCUGCAAAUCCAUCAGGUAUCAAAGGAAUUUCAACCCUCUUCUCUUUCACUCCUCGCCAAGUUCUGUUAAGCAACCGAACCAUGAAGCACGACGCCGACAACAGAACCGUGAACUCGGAACAGAAGGCGAAGCUGCUUCUUCAUCAAUCCAUUGCUCUUUACUUGGAGCACUCUGGAUUCUCCAAAACGCUGAAAAAGUUUCUCUCGGAAGCGAAAAUCGAGAAAGAUAAUACAGAGGGUUCAACAGUUGAUCUAGAAGAAUUGUGCCGUAAAUAUUUAGAAACAAGUAGCAAGGAUGCUAAGACAGCAAUCAAUGAUCAAAAGGAGCAAGUUGUAGGUUUGGACUCCAAAAAUGAAGUGGAGAAGUCUAAGGGAAAGAAGAAAAAGAAAAGCAACUUAGUUUCUGAAUCUGUUCUUAAUAAUGUGGAAGAUAACCAAUUGGAGUCACCGACUGUGGUUACAGAAAAUGGUACUGAAACAGAGAAGAAGUCCAAACAUAAAAAGAAAAAGAAAGAUAAGUCAAAAAGUAAAGGGGAUGAAAAAGAACAGAUUGAAGAUCUCGGUGCAAAUGUUUCAGAAAAAGAGGAUCUCAAAGCAUCAACUGAAGAAGCAACACCUGAGAAGAAAGAUUCUAAGAAAAGAAAAAGACCAAAUUCUAAAGAAAAUGGUGAACAAGAGACUGAAAUAAAGGAAGAUGAAGAAACCAAGCGCAGAAAAAUAGAAGAUUUGAAAGAACCUCAGGGAGGAAACCAAUCAGCGAAAACAGAUGAGCACUAUGAGAAUGGGGCAGAGAAAUCUUCUGAGCAAAAGUCUCAGAAGAAAAAGAACAAGGAGUCAACUGAGAAAAAACCAGCUAAGGCGGCAUUUCAACGAGUACAAGUUGACAAGAUAGACUUUGUCGAUGAGAGGCUUCAGGAUAACUCUUAUUGGGCAAAGGGUGGUGCUGAGAGUGGAUAUGGUGCAAAAGCAGAAGAAAUUCUUGGCCAAGUCAGAGGAAGGGAUUUUCGUCAUGAGAAGACCAAGAAGAAACGUGGGACCUAUAGAGGAGGAGUUAUUGAUUUACAUUCCCACUCAGUUAAGUUUAAUUAUUCAGAUGACGAGUGACUGGAAAGCAUAUUGGUUUAAUUUCAUUAUUGUUGUCAAGAAAUUGUUUUCAUAUUUGCUACUGGAGCACCAUGCUAAAGCCGGUGUUGUCAUCAAAAUUUUGCUAAAUUAUGGUUCAUUUAAACAAUAUUGUUCGUUUGAACAAUACUAUUUCUACAGUUAUACGAAUUUUUGUGUGCUGCUAAA